CAGAAAACUACUAAAACUUAAAUGUAACUGGUUCCUAUGCAUGCGGUGGUGAUCCUGACUGAACAGAAUCUUACACAGUUACAACUAUCACUGCCCAACCACACGCUUAUGUACGUUGUUUGUACUGCACUAUUCAAUUUAUUACAAAAGUUGUAAUUAUCAAAUCUUUAUAAUUAUUUGCCUGGCCUUCUUUAUGGUAGCAAACAAAACUGAACGAGGCAUGUCAACGAAAUAUAAGCAAUUUCUCAAUCUCAGUGAGAGACACAAGAGAAGACGGUUAGCUGCAAGACAAGAUGAUCCAAACGUCUGUCAAUCCAUAAAUAACGAAUCAGACGAUACAUUGUCUGAAAAUGAACCAAUGCAAAUUUCGGCAUCGCAUUCUGCUCCAUCUGUAUCUGAUAACGCUCUCUAUAAUAAUGAGGAAUCGACUACUGACGUUCACGAAGAUACUUUUAAUGGAGAUGAAGAAGCAGAUGAUAAUGAAGGCAUAGCAGAAGAAGAGGUACAAGAACAAGAAGUAAAUACUGACGGAGGCGACGAUGAUGAAGAAAACGAAGAAAGUGAUGCGGACAAUACAGAUGCUCACAGACACGAGGACAUUACUUGAAACGCCUACUGAU